AUGAUGUCUUCUCUACGCCCAGAUCUCACCACCAAAAUCUACCCCUACACGGAGGAGGAACCACUCGACCUUUUCGACCAUCUACCGGACUCUCUCCUCCUCUUGGUCUUCAACAAGAUCGGUGAUGUCAAGGCUUUAGGUCGUUGUUGCGUUGUUUCCAAGCGAUUUCAUACCCUUGUUCCACAGGUCGAAAACGUUGUUGUUCGUGUCGACUGUGUUAUCUCCGACGACGAUGCCACCUCCGCCUCCGGUGCCUCCGAUAAAUCUCGUGGGCCCUUUUCCAGUCUUGUUCGUCUCGUCUUUGGUGGAAUCGUUAAGCCCAUCCAAGCUCUUGGAAACUUUUUGGGUCCCAAGAGAUCUUCAUCCUCCUUAUCUGUCGGUAACAACGUUGAUGCUGAUGAUGAUCUUGAACAUGGAGGUGGAGUUACGCACCAUUCUCCCACUCAAGUUCUCAAAAACUUCGAAGAGAUUCGGUUCCUUAAAAUCGAACUUCCAAGCGGCGAAUUAGGUAUCGAAGACGAUGUACUGUUGAAAUGGAGGGCGGAUUUCGGAUCCACCCUUGAUAAUUGCGUCAUGCUCGGCGCAUCCUCCGUGAUUCACCCCACCCAGAAUUUUACAUCCAGCGAAACCAAUUACGAUCGAGUAUGUGGAGCUGGGGCUGUAACUGAAGAUAAUGGAAGCAUACCGGAAUCGUUUUACACCAAUGGUGGAUUGAAAUUAAGGGUAGUAUGGACGAUAAGCUCACUGAUCGCAGCAUCAGCAAGGCACUACUUGCUUCAACCUAUAAUCGCAGAGCAUAAGACAUUAGAUUCCUUGGUUUUGACAGAUGCAGAUAGACAAGGUGUCUUGUGUAUGAACAAGGAACAAUUAGAAGAACUGAGGGUGAAGCCGUUAUCAGCUUCUUCAGCUUCAAAAAGAACUCUAGUCCCAGCUUUGAACAUGAAGCUUUGGUAUGCUCCAUUUCUGGAACUACCUAAUGGGACUGUGCUCAAAGGGGCUACAUUAGUAGCAAUUAGGCCUAAUGAAUUCCUUCUGAGAGCUUUCAUGGCUGCAUAAAAGGCGAUAAACUUUAUGAUUCAAGGCACAGGGAAAACAAAACACACAAUUUUGUUCACAGCAUGUAUAUGAUUAUGAGGUUCGAUGGUGCAAAAUGUUACUUACCUUCAAUGGUGCUUCAAUGGUGUAUGGGUUGAUGAGGGUAUGUUUCGGUUUAUGUAUGUAUGGUAAAUUGGUAAUGGGAUGAAAAGUGACAAAAAAGAGUUGCCUUAGUGGUGGAUGGUGUUGCAAGGGGGUUGUUUUGGGUUCUGUGUUUGUUUGUAGUCAUAUCUAUAUCUCUAUAUCUCUAUAUAUGUUAUACGAUCUUCAUUUAUGUGAAUAUUUGUAGGUAUGAAACAAUACUAGUGUUCAUAAGUGGCUUAAAAUCACUGUUUUCUGAAUCGUGUAGAUUUUCUGUUAUAAUUUUGGUCUGGAUGUUUGCUAAGGGUUAGUUAUGUCAGGUGUAUUCAAUGAGGUUUUGAUGAUAAAUUGUGGAAGGAUCACACUAUUAAAUAUCGGGUUCUUUUUAUUAAUUUAUUUGGUUUGGUGACAAAUCACAAAUAAUCAAUUACUCAUUUACUCCUA